GGAAGUGGGCGUGGCGUGGCGCGGCGGCGCUGUGGCGUGACCCCUGGGAUCUCCCCAUCCCCCCGGUGCCAUCCCGGGCUCCUGUUCCAGGUUUCUGGAAUUAUGUCAGAGGGAGUGGAUCUGAUCGACAUCUACGCCGACGAGGAGUUCAACCAGGACUCUGAGUUCAGUAAUGCUGAUCAGAUGGAUCUCUAUGAUGAUGUGUUAGCAGCCAGCUCGCAGCCCCCCGAAAACAGAACCAGCAGCUCAGAACCCCCCCCUGAAAUCCGCCAGGAGCCCUCCCCAAAACCCAACAGCAAACCCCCUGCCAUCCUCUACACCUACAGCGGGCUGCGCAACAAGAGAGCUGCUGUCUACGUGGGCAGCUUCUCCUGGUGGACAACAGACCAGCAGCUGAUCCAGACCAUCCGCUCGGUCGGGGUCUACGACGUGGUGGAGCUGAAAUUUGCUGAGAACAGAGCCAAUGGGCAGUCCAAAGGGUACGCAGAGGUGGUGGUGGCCUCUGAAAACUCAGUCCACAAACUCCUGGAGCUUUUACCUGGCAAAAUCCUCAACGGGGAGAAGGUGGAGGUGAGGUUGGCCACCCGACAGAACCUGUCGCAGUUCGAGGCUCAGGCUCGCAAACGUGUCCCGCCGAGGGCGCACUCCCGGGAUUCCGUGGAUUCCGUGGACGGCCGAGCGACCCCGACAGAGAACGCUUUGCCUCCUGCUCGCCUGGACAAACCCCCCUCCGUCCUGCCUUUUUUUAACCGGCCCCCCACCGCCCUCCCCUUGAUGGGGCUCCCUCCUCCCCCCAUGCCUCCUCCUCCUCCUCUUUCCUCCGGUUUCGGUGUCCCCCCCCCUCCUCCCGGGAUCCAUUACCAACAUCUCAUGCCUCCUCCUCCUCGACUGCCCCCUCACCUGGCUGUGCCCCCCCCAGGGGCUGUACCCCCAGCCCUCCACCUCAACCCUGCCUUCUUCCCCCCCCCCAACACGGCUCUGGGGCCUCCCCCCGACACCUACAGCAAGACCUUGGCUCCCUACAACCACAGCAGCAGAGAACUGGGACCACCCCCUCCCCCUGUCAGUGAAGUGGAGUUUGAGGAGAUCAUGAACAGGAACAGGGCCAUCUCCAGCAGUGCCAUCUCCAAGGCGGUCUCGGGCGCCAGUGCGGGGGAUUACAGUGAUGCCAUCGAGACCCUGCUGACUGCCAUCGCUGUCAUCAAGCAGUCCAGGGUGGCCAACGACGAGCGGUGCCGCGUCCUCCUCUCCUCCCUCAAGGAUUGUCUGCACGGCAUCGAAGCCAAAUCCUACAGCACCGGGGCCAGCAGCAGCUCCUCCAGGAAAAGGCACCGGUCCCGGGAACGUUCUCCCAGCCGGUCCCGGGAAAGCAGCAGGAGGCACCGGGAGCUCCUCCACGGGGAGGAGAGACACGAGGAGUAUUUCCAGGAGAGGAACAGAGAGCACGAAAGGCAUCGGGACAGGGACAGAGAGAGGGACAGGCACCACUGAGAGCAGGAAUUUUGGCAGGAAGUGGUUUUUAAUGGACUCAUAUCUCACCUUGACCAGGACUCCGUGACCCAGGCCCACCCAAGCCCCUUUCCCAGCACCCCCAGCCCUCUCUGGGCACCCCAGGAUGUGUGUGGUCUGUGUGCCCCCCCCCUCCCCCCUCAGCACACACACAGCCCCCAGCACCCCACAAACACCUCGUGGCCUUGGGGACAGAGUUGGUUUGGGAUUUUUCCUCUUUGCCCACACUCCCCCUCUCCCUGGCUGCUGGGACCCAAAGAGAAAUGGUGCUUUUUAACCCAGGGGGGUGAGGGGUGAGGGGGGGGGGAAGGUUUGGCAGCCCUGUUCCUCUCUGAGGAUGGAGACCCCCUCCCUCUUUGGCAUGGGGAGGGGGCUGCAUGGCACUGUCACUGUCACAUCCUCUCCAUUUGGGGACAUUCCUGUCCCCAGCACCCUGGCAGCUCCUGCACCUCCUUUCUCAUCCUCUGGAGAAAGAGGGG